UAUGAAAAGGAAGUCAUCGAUACUCUUGGGCAGCUGAAACUUAAAGAGAUGACUGAAACCGUACGUACAGAAGAGUCUACAGAAACUGGUGAAUCCUUGAAAGGAAUGAGAAGCGUUCACAGAGAUUCACCAGAAGAGCUCUUGCUCAUCACCAAAAGAGGAAACUUCUUCCAAGACUCAUUCUUCCUUGACACUCAGCGAAACUUCAGUGCCGCUCUCAGGCAGGUGUUGGACAGGUGCAAUGAAGAAAACUUUGAGAACGACAUUAACCUCUGUUACACCGAUAUCCUGGAACGCUACAGGCAGCUUCGAUCUCGCGAUCUGAAGGAAGAGAAUCAGGCUGUUAUCGUUACAUCAGACAAGUCUUGUCUAAAGAUAAUUAUGGACGUUUAUGAGUUCAUGAGUGGAGAUAUACAAGCGAAGGUUGUUGAUGAGAAAGAGUUAGUCAUUGAGGGACGUGUGGUGAAGAGCGAAGGAACCUCAUCCGAGACCUCUCACUCCUUCAGACGCCGCUUCUCUCUUCCGCAAUAUACUGAUAUCACUUCUGUUAUGUCGUUAGAUGGCAUCCUCACAGUUACUGUGAUCUUUAAGGAAGGAAAUGUCGAGCUAAAUACAGCUAAAAAGACUGAAGCAAAAUGCAACAUAACAAAAGAAAUUAUUGACUCAAAAUCACCUUCCCUUUCUGCUGAAAAGCAUGUGCUUGAGGCGAAGGCUGAAAAUCGUGAUAGAUUGAACAAGAAUGUGACAUUACAGUCACAGGAAACUCGUAAUUUCACGUCGGGGACAGAGAGGUCCAAACUUGAUUCCUUCGAGGACAACAAUAGACUGAGACGCUAUGGACGAGGCUAUAACAGGGAGUCUGAAGAAACCAACAGAUAUAACGUCACCGAAGACACAAGUAUGGGAACGUCCUCUCGUUUCACGAGUGUUUCUCAGUGUAGCUCCGCAUUGAAGUCUUUUCCAGUGACGAGGAAAGGACUGUUCUUCUCCUGA